UGGGCUGAUGACUUGAGGAGAAAUGUGCCAUUACAGGGGUUGGUGUCCUUUGAGGAGGUGGCCGUGCACUUCACCUGGGAGGAGUGGCAGGACCUGGACGAUGCACAGAGGACACUAUACAGGGACGUGAUGCUGGAGACCUACAGCAGCCUGAUGUCACUGGGCCAUUGCAUUACCAAACCUGAGGUGAUCUUCAAGUUGGAGCAAGGAGCAGAGCCAUGGUUAGGAGAAGAAUGGGCAAACCAGUGCCUCUCAGAUGUCCAGACAGUUGAUAUAAUUGAAAGAAGCCAGGAAAUUCAUCAUAGACAUAUAUGGCAAGUUGCAAUCACCAACAGCAAAACAUCAACCAAGGAAACAGUUGAAUUAGGGAAAAUACUUAAUUUGAGCUUAAACCAUAUUCCAGAUGUGAUGGUAAAUAACACACACUAUUCAGGAAUGAGGCCUGAGGAGUUAAAUGUAAGUCAGAACAUACAUAUCUCGAUUGAGCCUCAUGAAAUGCAGGCAGGAGGAAAACCUGAUGCUCGAAGUAUAACUGGGAAAUCUCUCACGUGUCAUGAGUAUUUUAGUCACCAUAACAAGAUUCAUAUGGAGCAGCAGCUUUUUGAGUAUAGUAGACAAGGAAAAGCCUUCAGCACUGAGGCAGAGAAGGGUCACGGUGGAAAGACUGCAUGUACUUAUAGUGAGCGCGGGAAAUCCUGUGAUAAGUCAGCACUCAUUUGCCAGAAGAUAAAUAUCGAAUGUUGUUUAUGUGGGAAAGUGUUCUGUAAAAAGUCUAAGCUUACCAAACAUCAGAAAAUACACACAGGAGAGAAACCCUAUAAAUGUGUACAAUGUGAGAAAUCUUUCAUUAAGAAAUCAUACCUUGCAAAUCAUCAGAGAACACAUACACCGGAGAAACCCUUUGCAUGUACCAAAUGUGAGAAAUCCUUCUGUCAGAAGUCAAACCUAAUUGUUCAUCAGAGAAUCCACACAGGGGAAAAGCCCUAUGAAUGUCAUGAAUGUGGGGAAACCUUCUGCCAAAUGUCAGCCAUUAUUUAUCAUCACAGAAUACACACAGGAGAGAAACCCUAUGGAUGUAUGGAAUGUGGGAAAACCUUCUACCAGAGGUCAGCCCUCAAUGUACAUCAGAGAAUUCACACAGGAGAGAAACCAUAUAGGUGUAAUGAAUGUGGGGAAACCUUCUAUCAGAAGUCAGUCCUCACUGUACAUCAGAGAACUCACACAGGUGAGAAGCCAUAUGAAUGUGAAGAAGAAUGUGAAAAAACCUUCUACCAUAGGAGUCCCAUUUCCCCUCACGGUACAUCAGAGAACUCACAGGUGGAGGAAGCCAUAUGA